UUGUUUUGCCUUAAAAGCUCUUCCCACCUUGUUUCCUUUCCUUUACCGCCCCAGCUAACAACAAAGACUACACAAAACAAACACUCUCCUUCCGCUUCACACAUGACACAAACAGAUUACCAAACUCCAGAGGGAAAAACCCAUCAAAAAGCUUUCCUUGAUUGAAAGUUCUCACCAGAAAGGAACAAAUACCCUUUUUCAUGACAAUCAUUCCCAUCUUUCUCUCCUUAAUCCCUCUUCUGUUUGUGAGAUCGGAAUCGAUUAGCCGAGCAGAUUUCCCACCUGGGUUUGUGUUUGGAACCGCUUCUUCUGCGUACCAGUUUGAAGGUGCUGUAGAUGAAGGAAACAAGGGGCCAAGCAUAUGGGAUACCUUUUCAAGGCAACCUGGGAGGAUUUUGGACUUCAGCAAUGCCGACACUGCUGUUGAUCAAUACCAUCGAUUUGAGAGUGAUAUAGACCUGAUGAAGGACUUGGGAAUGGAUGCUUACAGAUUCUCAAUAUCCUGGCCAAGAAUUUUCCCAAAUGGAACAGGAGAACCAAAUCCAGAAGGACUAGAAUACUACAACAGACUCAUUGAUUCCUUAAUCGAUAAAGGAAUUCAGCCCUGUGGAACCCUUUAUCAUUGGGAUCUUCCACAGAUGCUGGAAGAUAGAUAUGAAGGGUGGCUUAGCGAUCAAAUAGUGCCUGACUUUGAGCGAUAUGCUUUUACCUGCUUCGAAGCUUUUGGAGACAGAGUGAAGUACUGGAUCACCUUCAACGAGCCUCGCGGCUUCUCCAUCGAAGGUUAUGAUUUGGGGGUUCAAGCUCCCGGGAGGUGCUCGAUUCUUGGUCAUGUUAUUUGUAAGAAAGGGAAAUCAUCCACUGAACCUUACAUCGUGGCUCACAACAUCCUCUUGGCUCAUGCUGCCACUUAUCGUACUUACCAGCUCAAUUUCAAGGAAAGACAAGGAGGACGAAUAGGGAUAGCACUGGAUUCGAAAUGGUACGAACCGAUAUCUGAUUGCGAUGAGGACAGAGAUGCUGCAAGUAGAGCAAUUGAUUUUACACUCGGAUGGUUCCUUGAUCCGCUUUUCUUUGGAGAAUAUCCUCCUUCGAUGCAGAAACUUGUAGGGAAGAGGCUGCCUAAGAUCACUCCUAAGAUGUCCAGAUUACUCGUCGGGUCCCUGGACUUCUUAGGUAUAAACCACUACACAACAUUGUAUGCCCGGAACGAUAGAACUCGGAUUCGGAAACUUGUAAUGCAGGAUGCUUCUACAGAUGCUGCUAUAAUCACUACAUCUUCCAGGCAUGGAGUCGCUAUUGGUGAAAGAGCUGCUUCAGCCUGGUUACAUAUAGUCCCGUGGGGAAUCCGGAAGUUAGCGAGAUACGUGAAGGAUAAAUAUGGAAAUCCACCAGUCAUGAUCACUGAAAAUGGCAUGGAUGAUCCUAACAAACCCUAUACAGCUUUUGACAAGGCUUUACAAGAUGACAAGAGGAUAAGAUAUCACAGAGACUACCUCUCAAACCUAUCCGCCGCUAUAAGGGAAGACGAAUGCAACGUGCAAGGUUAUUUUGUGUGGUCAUUGCUUGAUAACUGGGAAUGGAACUACGGCUACAGUGUCCGGUUUGGACUGUAUUAUGUGGAUUACAAGAACAAUCUCACAAGGAUCCCCAAGUCUUCUGUUAAGUGGUUCAGAAGUAUGUUGAGAUUGGAAAAUGAUAUGACCUACUAGUCGUCGGAUCAUUUUCUUCUUAUCAUUCAUUGUGUAUCAUAUGAAGCACAAAAUCAUGAAAUCAAUUACAAAGUUCAUCAGGAGGGUAUUGGGUAAACACAGCCCUUCCCUAUUUUCU